GCAGCAUUCGCCCAGAAGACUCGAGCCGUGCCGCUGUUCACGCCUCCGUUCCGAUCUCUCUUUCUCCGAGAUCUGCUUAUACAUCGGUGUCUUAAAGUGCAUAUUCAUCUUCCUAAAUCCUCAAACAGCUUGUUUAAAGAUGUUGGCGUGCACCGAAAUGAUCACGAUGUGUCUCCAGUCGGCGAAGCGCGAGCAUCUCCGCUCCAAACAGCAGCAGCAGCAGCAGCAUCAGAUGCAGGAUGCGGUUCACGGACUGUCCAUCUUUCACGAUAUUUUCCGUCGAGCUGACAAAAACGAUGACGGGAAGCUGUCCUUCGAGGAGUUUAAAGCGUAUUUUGCAGAUGGGAUACUGACGACCGAUGAGCUGCGGGAGCUUUUCUACUCCAUCGAUGGCCGGCAGACAAAUAACCUCGAUACAGACAAACUAUCAGAAUACUUUUCCCAGCAUCUCGGGGAAUACCUGGAUGUUCUGUCAGCGUUGGAGAAACUCAAUGUGGCCGUCCUGAAGGCUAUGGACAAGACGAAGGAGGAGUACCAGGGAUCCUCUGUUCUGGGGCAGUUUGUGACCCGUUUCAUGUUGAGAGAGACGUCCAGUCAGCUGCUGUCGCUCCAGAUGUCUCUGCAGUGUGCGAUGGAGGCCGUAGAGGCACAGAGCAGCACCACUCCGGUCGAAGUCAAGGUCCCGGAGCAUCUGAUCAUACAGAAGAACAACAGAAGAUGUGGCCGUCGGGUGCAGAAGAACAUGUGUCUGUCCCCGACUGAUCCGUACUCGGGCAUUCUCACUACCGGCGUUACCGUAGAUACAGAUGAGCACUGGUGCUCUCAGAUCAACAGACUGCAGCAGCUCAUCGACAAACUGGAGUGUCAGAGUCCGAAACUGGAGCCGCUGAAAGAAGAUACGCUGGCCAGCACCUACAAGUCGAACAUCCUGCUGGUUCAGAGACAGAUGAGCGUGACGGAGAAUGAUCUCGAGGAGUUCCAGAAGGCUCUGAAGACCUACGCCGACACCACCGCCAACCAGAACGACAACCUCCAUGUUUCCAUCCAGAAGCUUCCCGAGAAGAGCUGCUACAUCAUCUAUGAGUUCUGGCAGGACCGCAUUUCCUGGAUGAGUUAUUUGCAGUCUGACGCCAGUAAGAUGUUCCAGCGCUGCAUCAUAGACAUGCUGGAAGAUCCGGAGAUCGUCUCCACGAUGCUCAUGCCAGCGUCCUGGUGGAUCAUGACAAACAACUAACAGCGGCAACAUCGCUGGACCCCGAUCCGAAGCAUCACCCCGGAAAUGAAUAACUAGACCCAAAACAAAAAAAAAGACGAAUCUUUGAACAGAUGAACGAUCUGUACGUGUGACACGCGCGCCGUUUUUGUGUUGCAUUUUAUAGAUAGUUCACUGACAACUAAACACAUUACACAGGGUUGUGCAUCGUUCAGAACUGAAUUCAGAUGCUUUUACAUUCCAGUUCUAUUUCUGAAUUUGAACUGAAUUAGCAAACGGGCAGCGGCGUUUAAAUAAAUCAGAGAAGAUUUAAAGAACGCGGCACGAUUCGAAAUUUGAUUGCAUUGCAUUUCAUUCUUUUCAGUUUGGAAUUAGGAGAAAGCGUGAAGAAAUUCAUAUAAAUGUUGCAAAAGUGCUUAUUUCAUUAUUUUAUCAUAUUUAUUUUUUGAGGCGUUUCAAUUUCGAAUUCAGAGAAAAUGUAAGGAGAUUCAUA